CGUAGGUAGGCCUGAGCUUGACUGUUCAUCUUCUUGUUGUCGUCGCUAGAUGAAAGAUUGUUGAUUCAUCUUUUUCGCAUCAGCAGUUUGCCUUCGGUUUAUCGUUUGUCGUGUUUGUUGGAUUUAUUCGUUUCCGUUUCGACUUCGGAUCCGUUCUCUCGGCUUGACACUUAGACGUCAAGACCAAGAAGCAAAUGCACAUUUAUUUUUGAAGCGAUUUUGUACUAGGCAGCUACUUGUUUCAAAUGUAAUAGAUGGCGCGUCGUGCGGUGCACAGCAAAAACUAGGUUACCAGUUGUAUCUUGCGGAGCGCGUUCCACCACGACCACGCCGGCUUGUUUUAGGAAAUGCCGGAGCACCCGCAACACCCGGGAUCUGACGUGGCAGGAGCGAACGCUGAUCAGGGUCUGCCGAAGCGGACCUCAAAUAACGAAGGGGCUGUGCUGGAUAAGCCGAUUGACGUAGUUGCUGCAGGAACGACACGUGAAAGUGCGACUGUUGUUCCUGUCAAGAACGAUAAGACAGGCUGUACAUCAUCUGCAGUUCUUGUCGAGACCACUACGGGAAGAGAAGUGACUUCUACAACACGUCGCGCAGGUGGUGCUUCAUCCUCCUCAACAUCUUCUUGUGCCCCCGCUACUUCCUCGUCGACAACAGAAGCAUCUGGACCUCUUGGGAAUGACGAGAAAACGCCUGUGUCCACCGCGAUUAUUUCGCCGACGUCUUCAUCUUCCACAUGCAAUCACUCGACGACGAGGACUGCAUCUGUUACAGGGUCGAUCCUCGAGCAACCACCACCUCCCUCUGGAACUUCCUCUGAAACAGCAGCAGCGGCGGCCGCGGGGGCCAUGUCUAAUACCCUUUCCACGGCUAGCACCUCCGCUGCCCGGGACUGGCCGCUUUCCAAGGCGGAGAAGCAGAAAAUGCUGCGGCAGAUUGACGACGACGAAAAAAAGAUCAUUCAGGAGGAGUGUUUGGCCGCGAGUCACGUCAUCCAGAAGCUGGAAAAGGUCACGAAAAGACGGUCCAUGCAGCGAGAUUACUACCGAAAGCGACUGUCGCAAUACGAAGAAGACUAUUUGGCUACCGCGACUACAGUGCCAGCAGGCGGGACAACUCUUUCUAGCGAUGUUGUGAACAAAAAGCAGAAACGGACGACUAGUAGUAGUGGUGGUGGUGCAGGUAGUUCACUGCAGCAGGCGGGCGCGGGGGGAGGAGGCGAAAACGAUUCUGCUCCUAGUACUCAUGCCAAUAAAGCAACUUCUUCGAGUGCAGCCGCGGCAGGUUCAGAUGCUUGCUCCGGGGAGGAUCUUCAUACAAGCGCCGCCGGACGGGUCGAAGCAGCCAGUGGCAGUGUGGGUGAGGAAGGACAGGAGAUCAAGACGGGCACGGAUGACCUACAUCAAGUAGCUGCAGAUGAUCAUGACCUUCAGGAAGAAGAAGGAGAUGAAGAUCACACGCUGCCACCACGAAGUGCUGGACCCCACCACACCAAACUGCUUCGGGAGCACGAGCACAACAACAGUUGUCAGAGCUCUCUGUCAUUCACCGUCGAGAGCCACGUUCUGGAUACCGAGCACGAUUUGCAAAGUAACGAACUUUCGUUCGAUCUUUCCCUUUGAUCCACCGCUCAUUCUUUGUAUCUGUCGGAAAAAUGAUUUGAAUUUUGCUUGGAACAAUCUUCGAAGGUUUCAUGUCUCACACCUUUCCAGGCCUGCAGGAAUCCGAAGCUACGUUCACAGCCGACGAGCACACGAGCUCCGAAACGGACGAAAUCUACGAGAACAGCAUGGAAAUGCAGGCGUCCUCGCAGUUGCAACACGAUGGCGGAACCCGACGAAACAAAGACAAACCGGAGAGAGAGCGUGUUUUGCAUAAUUGCGGAGUUCCAGGGGAGGCCUUCGUCACUGAUGGCCACAGGGUGAAGAUGCGGCAAGAGGACAGCGAAGUAGUGAUCAACGCGACGGCGGGCGGGGAGAGGGAGAGCAAAGGGGACGAAAAAAACAUGGCCGUUGACAUGCGCGGUACGUCGAACGAACCCAGUUUUGUGUGGUGUUUGAGAUCAUUUUGUCUAAUAGAGAGAAUGCUCCAGGAUGAAAUGUAAUUGUCAUUGCAAAAUCACGCUCACCUUUCAUAAAAAUGAAAUUUUAGAAUUUCGCGGAUUAUUUUUGUCAAUAAAAAUAUAAUUUUAAAAUUUCGCGAGUUGCGACACUAACAGCAGAAGAUGAAAAACACUUUAUCAUCCAUAUGCGGGAGCGUCUCUGACGUGCCUUAUAGCCGGGAAUGACGUCCACUAGCUAUCGAAUUCAUCUCCGUCAGUAAUAAAAAUAAAAUUUUAAAAAUUCGCGGAUUUCGCAACUCGAUAAAAAUAAAAUUUUCAAAUUUCGCGGAUGUACACAAACGCUUCUUCAAGAACAAGCGUUGCUUGGUUUUCAGAUCAAAAUAAAACGCAUCAGACAAUAAAAGUAAAAUUUUGAAAUUUCGCGGAUGCGCCCCGCCAUUCGUCUUUCUCACAUGUCGGAAAUUAAAAUAAACCAGAUCCGAGUCCUCAAGGAGUGACCGAGUCCGGCCCUGAGUCCGUGUCCACCGAGUUCAAAAAUCAAUCCCGUUCUUCUAGUUCCGGAUCAUCUCUGGGUCGUGUAUCAGGAGCGUGUGCUCCUUUCCUGGUCCUCCCCGAGCCCGAGGAAUACGCUCCACUAGAGUCGAACACCCUCCCAGUAGUUCACCAGCUGCACGCCCUGGAGUUGCCGCAUGUUGCGACGUUUUUUCCGCCGCCCUCGGACGAUGAGGUAAGCAGUUGCGGAGCUGCUUCUGCUGCGAAUCAGAAGUGCCGCGAGACGCAGGACAAUGCUGCGAGUAGUCUCAGCCGCGAGACGAGUGCACGUUCGGAACUGGAUCUUGCAGAAAGGAAAACGGACCCGGAAAAGAAUCACGAUGUAGUUCUUGGAACCGCCGCAGCCUCUUCUGCGUCGUCGUGUGCAAACAUCGGAUCUUUACACCAUCCGCAGUGUAAUUCUCCUCUGCAACUGACGGGUGCCGCGAGCCCUUCGUUACCAUCGCGUCCUUCCUCUCAAUCACCGGGCAAGAGCAAGAGGAGGGCAAGUUGUCCAGGAAAGGCAGCAAGAGCGGCAUCAACCGAGCGACGGCAAAAAAGGAAAAUGUUGUUACCCCAAUAUUUCUCGAUUCGGGAAGACCAGGAUACGGUGCUGGACAGCACGGUAUGCAGCACUAGUUACAUCUCGUCGGAAGCGGAAAGCAAUUGUGAGAGCGGUCGGAGGAGGACGAAGAAAUCUACACCACUGUUGGAUGGACGAGGCGAACAGCCGCCAGCCCUCCAGCAGGUAGAUUUCAGUGCGGACGGUCUUCGCGAAAACUACGAGAACAUUCUGAAGCAGCAGUUGGAUCUUCGUAGCGCCAGUAGUAAACUCGCUCGAAUCGCUGCAGCAGGGUCUUCAGACGCAACAAGCGCCAGCAUUCCGCUAUCCUACGCCAUCGACAUGGACGUCGCACUUUCGGGCACCACGACCGGCGCAGAAGAAGCCGGAAGAUCAUCUUCUAGCGGGAUAUUACCCUCUUCCUCGCUCGAAACCGACCCGCCGCCCGCCCGGAUAGCUGCGGCCCGCGCGUUCGUCUCCAUCGCGCUCACGUCGACGGCACGGUGUUUGGCGGACGUGGGCCUUUUCGUUUGGCUGCAGCUCACGCGCCGACACAAGCUCGUCUUGCUCCUGCUCAGCUGGAUGAUCGUCUUUCUGUGCGGGUACGCCGUGGCGACGUACUUCGACCACGACUUCGCGGGGGAAGUUAAACAGGCCUGGAAGGCGGUUGUGAGGGUUGCUGAGAAGAAUUGGUUGCUGUGGUCCGACUUUUAUUCAGAAUCCGAAUGAACAUCAAAGAGCGGUCGCUGCGAGAACGAACGUAAACGUAAUAAGGACGUUGCAGAUAUUCGGCAAAAGCACAGUGUCGCUCUUUCCCGUAU